AUGAAAUCCCCAAUAGUAACAGAGAAUUGUCGUAGAACAAAAACAAAUCCAGAUCAAAGUUCGUUAAUUAGCUAUUCUACAAAUAAGAGUUGUGUCUCAAGUGUAAAUUUAUUAUUAAUAAAUAGGAACUGAAGACUCAAGUAAAAGUAGCUUGUAAAGUAUUAUGUGAAAUGAGAGAAGAUGAAUCAAGCAAAUUAGCUUUGAAAUUUACCUAACUUAGAAUUGUAUUAGCAACUUAAUCUCUACUUCAUAAAUUAUAAAAGUAUAAAUCUGCUAAACUAUAAACAUACUUUUGGAUUUUAAAAUAAGAAAGAAAAACAUUAUAUACUAAUGGUUUCGUAGAUUUAAAUGAAAUUAAAUAUCUUCCACCUGUUAUAGAGGAUUUAUCUAACAAUUAAAUUAGAUAAUAAAUAUCUCAAGAACAAUAAUAGGAAAUUCCAACUGCUAAGGUAAUUGUACUUUAUCAUAUUUUGAAUAAACUUUUAAGCUAACAGUAAAAGUAAUCAUUUAAAAGGAUUAAGUCUCAAUCAAACUAUUGUAGAGCAAUUUUACAAAUCACUAAUUUUAUCAAAUAAUGUCAUAAGAGGUCUUAAUAUCUAAGUAUUAUAAAUAUAAUGAGAUGCAAUCAAAACAGAAAGAUAUUAAAGACUAGUGUUCUUGAUUAAAAUCAUAUGAUUUAACCAGAAGAGGAAUAGUCAACUAUUUAAUAGGAAGUUGAAAUGUCAAUAAAAGAAUAAUUGGCGAUUAAAUUUGCAAGUACUACAAUUUUAAGUUCAAUAUUAAAUGAAAAAAUAAAAAAACAUUAAUUUUCUUUGUUUUUUAAUAUUGUAAGGGGGCAAUUAUUAAAUAAAUAGUUAAGUUUUUCCUAAACGAAUGAAAUUACUUAGAUUUAUGAAUAGUCAUUUAUAGAUCAAAAUCCUAAUCGAAUUAAUAAUGGCACUUAGCGUAUAUGUCUAAUAUUGAAUGCUAGAUUAAAAGAUUAUUUUAUAGAAAUAAAGACAUAUAGAUCGAAAAAUGAAUUUUAAAAUGUAGAUACUGUUAAUACAUUAAUUUCUAAGAAGAGUUCAGAAUUAUCUGAUAGUGAUUAAUAUUAAGAUCUUUAUACAUAAAGAAUAUUGCCUUCAUAAUCUCAACAAUAUGAAUAAGAGAAUGAAAAUGAAAUUUAAAUAAGUGAAGGUAAUAACGAAUUUAAAAUGCCUUGUUCUUUAUAACAUAUAAAUGAUAUUGAUGAUUCUACAAAAGAAGGAGAACAAAAUAAAUAAGAGGAUGAAAUGUAAUAGCAGUAAAGUAAAAUUAUUGAAUAGAAAACGAAGAAUAAUGAUUUAAUUAAGAAUGCUGUGAAAUCUUAUUGUAAUAAAGAAUAGAAAAAGUAAGUUUUAUAGGAAACUCCAAGAAUAUCAUAAAUAGAUAAAUGUUAGAUGAGAGAUGAAUAAUAGAAUAAGAAAAGGAAAUAAGUCAUGAAAUAAUUCUAAAUUCUUUAUAUGAUUGGAAUUUGCAUAUCUAUUUUGAUCAUAUUGAUUUUAUAAUGA